GCUAGCGUUCGAUUUCGAAAUUUACUAGAAUCAGUUGAUAACAAAUAGUUUGCGUCUGGCAAAGCUGUCAAUCGGAAGUUCCAAGAAAUGACUCAUAUUUUUCUUACUUGGAUUCUUCUAUUCUUUUUACGUUUUGAACCAUUGGAAGCAAAGCUGUACCCUUGCAGCCGGCUGCUGAACGGACGCACUUGUUACGUGGAGAAUGUAACGAUCGAGUCCUGGGGCGAUCACGCAUCGGUUCAGUUUCAGGACGUUCUUCAGAUCAUCAUUGAAUCGAGUAACAUUUCCCUCUUUUCAUCGGAAUUGUUCGCCAGUUUAGGAGAAACCGAUUUCCUUACCCUGAAAGACAGCAAUAUUCAUACCGUUAAUUUUAGCUCCGACACGUUGAACUCGUUGAGAAUUCAUAAAACAGAUUUGAAAAAUCUGAGCAUCGUUCCGGUUCCAAACAACAAUUUGAACACAUUGAUGAUCAACAGAAAUCCGCUGACAACGUUACCGGAUAGUAUUCGAUAUUUGUACGGUUUAUCGAUCCUUGAUCUGUCCCAAAACCGAUUGGAAACCAUCAACCUGGAUUGGUUUCGACAGAUGGCCAAACUGAUAGUUUUGGAUCUUUCCUGGAAUCGUCUAACGAAGCUAGACGGUAGCUCCGAUCUUCGUCUGCAGCAAGUUAAGAAUCUUUGGAUUAAUCACAACCACCUCACGCAAAUCCCGUGGUUUCCGAUUGCUUUCCCCAAACUGGAACGAAUUCGCCUAUCGGACAACUACUGGAGCUGUCCCUGGAUCCUAUCGAUGCGUCAGAUAAUCUGGGAUCACAAGAUCACUCUCUACGACUCGGAUGGUGCUUGCAGUGAGCGAAUGGAAGGUGGACUUUGUUGCUAUGACGUUACCCCGGAAGACCCGGAAGCAUCCCGGUACGAAUUGAUCGAGAUUCUUGUUCAACCGCAGACGGGAUCCGAUUUGAUGAUUGAUGACCAAGUGGUGAAGGAUACAAACGCAACGGAAAUGGUUCUUCCUUCGGAUAAUGGAAGCUGUCCGGAGCUGCUUAGCCAGAUUAGCUAUCUGCGACAGGAUCGAGUCAGGCUGGCAAAAGAGAAAGUCGAACUGGAGCAACGGUAUGAGAAAAAAGUGGCUUCGUUGCAGAACAUUUUAAGAAGCGUGCGGGAAGAUUUGGAGGAAUCGGAGAAGGAAGUUUCGCAGUACCGGCUGAAGGAACGAUUGCAACUUAUGGCGAAAACUAGUAAAUUGAGCUAAACAUGUUAAUUAUAGAUCAAUUAUAACGAAAGUUUUUAGUAGAGCUCAAGUCUAGGUGACGAUUUCAUUUAAUGAAAAGAACCUACAUACAAACUGAAUGAAGUUACUAAAUGAAAUAAGCCAGCCGAAAAGUGUUUCAAAACCAUAUGCCAUAAAGAUGGUCAAAUGUUACUAAUAAAACUAACCCUUAUCCUUCCCAGAAACUUUUACCCGUUUACCCGUCCAGGGACUGUCCCUGGAGUGACAAUU